AUGCCGCCCACGCUGCGCGCCCGCAAGCCCGCCGAGGGCUCCAAAGCGCCCGACACGCCCACGCACACGCGUCCCACGGUCUCGACGAGCGAGGAGACGACGGGAAACUUCGGCGCUGAUGAAGACUCGUCGGACGCCCACAAGCCUCCGGCCGUGCCCAAGAAGAAGCGCAAGAAGGCGGCAGCUCGCUCGACCAAGGUCGGCUCGUCGGGCAACGACGUCUUCUCGACCCUCCCGCUCGACCUGCUUCACCAGAUCUGCGGCGACCUCGACCCGGGCACCCUCCUCUCGAUCUCGCAAGUGUCCAAGCCGAUCCACCGCACGCUCGCGAGCAAGUCGUCGGCCGGCCUGUGGAAGCACAUCUGUGGCCCGUCGCGCAAGACCGAGGCCGAGCUCCCGCUGCGCGUUCGCGCCUGCGCCAAGUGCUUCAAGAACAACCUCAAGACCGAGAAGCAGAUCCGCAAGGAGGACCCGGACCUGCACCCGUACACGUUCAAGUGCGCGCUCUCGUCGCCGUGCAACGCGCGCACCGACCGCAUGCCGUACUACUGGGUGCCCGACCUCGCGCCGCUUUCGGCCCACCUGACCGCCCUCUCGGCCGCUUCGGCGGUCGACGGCGAGGUCGGCGACAGCGCCGCCCCGAACCAGGUCGAGAUGUCGCCUGCCGUCCACGAGUACCACCGCGAGCGUCGCGGCUACGUCAAGCGCGUCAAGAAGGACGCCGAGGACAUCCUCGCCUUCCAGUACCGCGCCGUUCACCAGCUCGAGGUCGAUCACAAACUCGUCGUCGACAAGCGCUACCAGCAGCUCUGCGACAAGGUCGCCAACGCCGGCUUCUCGAAGGAGGACUUCGUCGCCGUACGCCCUUGGGCCGACAAGCACCCCGUCCUUCUCACCGACCAGCAGUGGGCUCGGAUCAGUAAGGACGUGCUCGCUGCCGUCGCCCUGCACCGGUCCCGUCGUCUCGAGGACGAGCGUCAGCUCGCUCAGCAACGCCGCCGGUCGCAGCUACACGCGCUGUUCCAGCAAGCUCGCGCCACCGCGUUGUCCGCAGACGAGCGGCUCCCGUGGCCAUGCUUCAUGAAAUUGAUCACGCUCAAGUCGGCCGUGCCGCUCUGGCAGCCGGACGACGCCGUCAUCGACCCGUCCUCGUGGUCCAACCUCGUCCCGACAAUCGUUGCCGAGGUUCGGCAGGCGUUCCGCAAGGACGAGGUGUCGUUCUUCGACGCCGCAGCACGCUCGUUGCGCUCGGCAGGAGUCGCUGUCGACCCCAAGAUCUUGUCGGUCCUCGACAACGAGCCGUCCGCCUUCGUCGACGCGUCCGACGACCUCGCGCCGCUGCAUGAGCAGCUCUCGAAGGCGGACACCGACAGCAUCUUCGAGCACGCCGCUGCGGUCGUCGAGUGCGGUAGCUGCAGGCUCAUCGCCGGCUGCCGCCGCAUGCUCGAGCACUGGGCUUCGACGACCUGCAGCGGCAAGCGCCGUCUGGUCGACAGCUCCUCGGCGGUCGCCUUCGUCAAGCUCCUCCUCAAGUGCAUCAAGCUCGUCGGCAAGGACCCUGCGACGACGACGCGCAAGGACAUGAUCGACCUGGGCUACAUCUGCGACAUCCACAUCAAGGACGACAUGGUCAUGCGCAAGCAGGCGUGGCACAACAUUACUUUCGGCUACAUGCAGGACACCUCGCUCUGGAGCCGGACCGUGCGCGCUUGCGCAGAGUCGUUCACCUCGAUCACGCCCGACAAGGCCGCCCUCGAGGAGCAGCAGAAGCGCGUGAUCGGAUAG